UAAGAUUAGUAAGAUUGUAUGGUGCGCGGCACACAGUCGCGUCGCAACUCGCAAGUCGAUCCGUCCGUCCCCCGCGACUUGAUUGUGAUACGAGGCAGCGUGCAGAGUGCGACGCACUGACUGCCAGUGCCGAGUUUCGACUGCGGCAGAGCCAAAACCGCCAUCAUCAGUGCUCGUAAAGUCGUACGUGAGAUCGUCCGUGUUCACAGCAUACCUCACUGAAAAGCACAUUUUUUUUCAACGUUUUUUCCCGCGCAUUACACCAUUAUGGCAGCUACGGAGGAACUCAGUGGCAUCCUAAUGAGAAGGCAGGCGAUAAACGACAAACUAGAAGAGGGUGUUGAGAUCAAGCCGAAAUAUAAAAUCGUGAACGUGUAUACAGAAUUUCACGAGUUCUCCAGGAAGGAAAUAAAACAGUACGAGGACACGUUUAACAAAUUCGAUGAGGGUAAAGACGGAUAUCUGGAUUUGAGCGAGGUGAAGCGUAUGAUGGAACGUCUUGGCGCUCCGCAAACGCAUCUUGGACUAAAAGCUAUGAUCUCUGAAGUGGAUGAAGAUGGUGACAACAAAAUUAGCUUCCGAGAAUUCUUACUAAUUUACCGAAAAGCCAGAGCGGGUGAGCUUGAAACAGACUCUGGACUGGAGGCAUUCGCGCGAUUAACAGAAAUUAACGUUGAUCAAGUAGGGGUAAAUGGAGCCAAGAAUUUCUUUGAAGCUAAAAUCGAAGAACUAUCGAAAACGAAUAAAUUUCACAAUGAAAUCAUUCAAGAGCAGGAGGAAAAGCGACGCGAGGCUGAGGAAAAAGCCUUGCGGAGGCAGAGAUUUAAGGAAAAAUCAGCCAUAUUUCAACAGUGAUAGGAGUGACAUUCACAGAACCUUCACAGAACAUUAUAGUUAAAUCAGCAUUAAAUAUGGGGUGGACCACCCAGUAGUCAGCCUAUUAGCGCAAGUUGAAACUUUGCUUAACUUUCAUCAGAAUAAUAUCGUUUUAUUCUGUUCUUUGACUUUAAUUUUUUGCCGGUUUUAACUCAGAAAACUCGAUUGGCUUUAGAUGCCAGUCGUGAGCCUUUAAAAAUUAUUUUACGUCCUUUCUAGCAAUGCCUACUAAAAAGAUAAUGAUAUAGUUACUCUAAAAGUUUAGAGAAAAACAUCAGAAUCGACGUCAAUGUCAGUAAAGGCCCGACUACUGGAGAAGAGCUGAGUACUGGGUGAUUUACCCUAGCUAAGGUAACUGAAGCAUAUUCAGGAAUAUUAAGGACUUAUUAGUUAAGCCGCAUUUCUUAGUUUACGACCUAACCCUAGAAUCAUAAUGUAAAGACCAACCAAGUCUCGGGUAGGUACCUAACACGAUGAUCAUCAACAACCCAUCGCCGGCCAUUCCUUCAACAAGUGAUAUUUAAUUUUUAAAACGCAUAAAACUCAGGUACCUUAGUAUCCCCGAAUAUCGAACAGUUACCUUAUACACUACUUACCAAUAAAAAUAAAAUUAAGUUGUUGGCCUAUCUAGUCUGUAAGCUGUUACCACAUGGCUUUAGGGAUACAUAAACAAUCUGUUAUUUUUAGGCAAAAAUAUACCUACUGUCGUCGCUCAAGUCGCA